UCCCACGAAGAAGAAACGACUUGCGGGUUGGACGCAAAAAAAGCAAAAAAAAAGCAGAGGAGCUACUCCUGUUUACAACAACACAAUGGAGCCAAAAUGGUCAAAUAUCAUCUGCAAGCGUGGUUUAUUGACCGGAUUUACGCUAUGUGUUAUUUUAGGCACUAGCCCUUCGCGGGCGAUCGACAUCUACGCCGAUCCCGAGGUGAUGAUUCAGAACGGCACCCGGGGGAUCCUCCGGUGCACCUUCAAGUCCAGCGAGGUGGUCAGCAGGAAAACCUCUACGACCUGGAGCUUCCAGUCCAGUCAGCCGGACAACGAGUUCUCCAAAGCGCCGAACACGAUUUUCCACUUCUUGGACGGCGAAGGCUUCCCCGGACACGCCGACUUCAAAGACCGCGUGCAGUUUGUCGGGGACAUCAACAAGAGGGACAUGUCCAUAGAGCUGAACCCGGCGCAGUUCAGCGACAACGGGACCUUCUUCUGCGACGUGAAGAACCCCCCCGACGUGACGGGCACGGCGGCGCGGACGGAGCUCCGGGUGGUUGUCAAAGAAUCGCUCCCUCAGAGCAACACGGCCAUCAUCGCGGGGGCGGUGAGCGGCGCUCUGCUGCUGCUCGUCCUCGUCGCCGUGGUCGCCUGCGUCGUCAUGAGGAUGCACUACAGCCGCCACGAGUACGAAGGAUGUUCGUCCUUGGAGAGCGCGAGCUCUCAGGCUCCGAAGCCACGAAAGAAGGCGGAGCCCAGCCUGGAGGUGUCCAGGUCCACCGGCCCCUCGGGUCCACUGCAGGGCCCGGUGAUCUACGCCCAGUUGGACCACUCCGGCAGCAAGCACUCGUUCCACAAGAUGGAGCCGGUGGUCUACGCCGACAUCCGUAAGAACUGAAGAGGAACCGGGGACCAAAAACCAAACAAAAAAACACUCUUAAUAUAAACGCAGUAAAGUAUCAGACCUCUAACAGCUGCUCGGGGGGGGGGGGGGGACAUUUCAACAGGGACAAAACACGGUGCCGUUUCUCUUUCCAUUCAUCGUCUCGUCCUCUUUAAAGCAUGAUGCCGUCGAUGUCUCAACGUGCUUUUAUUGUGAAGGCAAAGAGGAAAAAAAAAAAACCGCAAAGAAAACCUAAACUCUCCGCCUUUACUUGCUUUCCUAGAUGUACAGAUGAUGGUUCUAUUUCUCUCCGUGGAGGUUUGUGCUAACUAACGGUUCUGCGGGCUGUUGCACCAGCUGGAGUUUGAUUUCAAAGUAAACCACUCGUAAUAUAAGUGGAACAAAAACACCCUAUUUCACCGUGAUUUUUAGAUAUUAAACGAAAGGAAACUGUUGUGUGCGCCUUAAACAAAGUCAGUUUUAUUUCUCUUCUAAUAAUGUUUAAACCGGCUGUAGGCAGAAUACAUUAGUAACGCUUUGGCUUUAAUUCACCCUUUUUCAGGUGUGUUCUGUAGCGCUACAGGCUACAUUAGCCGCUACUAGCUUUAGCACCACUUGAAUCUCCUCUCAAACGGUUGCUGGCCCGCCGCUGCAUUGUGGGUAACGUAGGCACGGAAGGGGGGGGGGCUAAAUGUACCUCGUAAAAGCGUUACCCUCGGCCUCCCAAGUUCUCCUCCAACGUCCCGUGAAAGAACCGCCCGUCAUGUCUUUGGAUCAAUACGAGAACCGGUGCAACAGGCUGCCGCGGCCACGCCCCCCAUCCACCACUGACCACGCCCCUCCCCGCCGCUGACCACGCCCCCCCCCCGCCGCUGAUUGUCUUGUUGUGCCUCCGGGACUUUGCAUGCGGUCCCAGCGGCGUCGGGCCCGCGAGAGCUCGCUGUGAAUGCUUCUGGUUCCUCUGCAGAGUUCUGGCAUGUUGAUGUGGUGCCGAUGUCACUCCCGUUUAGAUUUUCACCUCAGUGGAACAUCUGCUUCAACCAGGGGUUUUAAUUUGUGCUUUUAUGUGCAAAUUCUUAAACGUUCAACUGAGGUGAAACAUCUUCUCUGUAAGCUGGGAGCUCAAUGUUUGAACAAUACUGAUAAACACACUGUUUGCAUGUAAUUUACUAACAUAACAGCCAUUAUUAUGGAAAUAUCCAUCUUUUUUCAUCUUUGUAUGAUUUUAAAGCUUUUUUUU